AUCACAAGAACCAACACCAGCCUAAGCAACAGCACCAGUACAGGCAUCAGUACCAGCAACAGCACCGGUACUGGCUCAAGCUCCAGCACAAGCACCGGUACAAGAACCAGAAACAGCACCAGCACAAGCACCGGGUUCAGCACAAGCACCAGCACCACCACCAGCAACACCACCAGCACCAGCACCAGCUUAAGCACCAUUACAGGCAAAAGCGCCAGCACCAGCACAAGCUCCAGCUCCAGCAUUAGUACAGCCACUAGCGAAAGAGCCGGCCCCAGCACCAACACCAACACCUGGACAGGCACAAGCACCGGGUUCAGCACAAGUACCAGCACCAGCAUUACCAUCACCACCAACACCAGCACUAGGAUAAGAACAAGUGCCAGCGACAGCAAAAAGCACAACACCAGCACAUGCACAGGCAACAGGACAGGGACCAGCACCAGGACCAGCACUAGCACUAGCACCAGAACCAGAACCAGCACAAGCACUGGGUCCAGCAAAAGCACCAACACCAACACCAGCCAAAGCAGCAGCACCAACACCAGUUCCAGCACCAGUACAGCCACCAGCUCAAGCGCCAGCACCGGCCAAAGGACCAUCAAUAGCACCAGAACCACGAUCAGCACCAGCACCAGCACAAGCUCUGGGUCCAGCACAAUCACCAGUACAAGCAACAGCACCACCACCAGCAUAAGCAUCGGGUCCAGCACAAGCACCAGCAUCACCACCAGCACCAGCACCAACAGAAGCACCAGAACCAGCGUAAGCAUCAGGACAGGCACAAGCGCCAGUACCAGCACCAGCUCCAGCAGCAGCACCAUCACCAUAACCAGCAGCAGUACCGGCCCAAGUAUCAGCCCAAGCACAAACAGCAGCAUCAGCACCAACACCAGCACAAGCACAGUCACAAGCACCAGCACAAGCUCCAGCACCAGCACAAAUACAGGGUCUGGCACAAACAUCAGCACUAGUAUAGGCACCAGCACAGGCACCAGCACCAUCACCACCACCAGCACAGGCACCAGCAUCAGCACAGGCACAAGCACCAACACAAGCACCGGGUCCAGCACAAGUACCAGCACCAGAACCAGCACCAGCACCACCAGCAGCACCAGCACGAAAAACAGGACAGACAAAAGAGCUAACCAGAAGCAGCACCAGCCAGGACAGGCACAAGCACCGGAACCAGCACCAGCACUAGCAACAGCACUAGUACAAGCACCAGCACAAGCACUGGCAUCGGCACAAGAACCAGCACCAGCAACAGCAACAGCAACAAGAAGCACUUGCACCAGCACUAGCACUAGUACAAGCACCAGCACAAGCACUGGCACCGGCACAAGCACCGCAUCCAGCAGGAGCACCAACACCAGCACCAGCACCAGUUUGAACACCAGCACAAACACUAGUACCAAAACAACACCAGCACCAGCAUCAGCACCAGCACCACUACAAGCACCAGCUACAGCUCCAGCUCCAGCACCAGCAGAAACACAAGCACCACAAACACUAGCACCAAAACAAGCACCAGCACCAGCAUCUGCACCAGCACCACUACAAGCACCAGCUACAGCACUAGCACCAGCAGAAGCACAAGCAUCAGCCAACAACAGCACCAGCACAAGCACCUGGUCCAGCACAACCACCAGCAGCAGCAUCAGCACCAGCACCACCACAAGCACAAGCACCAGCACCAACAUCUGCAGAAGCACAGUACCAGCAGCAGUACAAGCACCAGAAAACACACCAGCACAAGCACCAGUACAAUCACCAGCAUCAGAACCAGCACUAAUACCAGAACCACUACCAGUACCACCACAAGCACCAGAACUAGGCAUCAGUUCAGAAACAUGUGCCAGCACCAGUACCAAAACCAGCAAUAUCACAAGUUACAGCACAGGCACCAGCACCAGCACCAGCACCGGAGCCAGCACCAGCCUCAGCACAAGCACCAGCACCAUCACCGGUACCAGCACCAGUACUAGAAGCAACAGAUAAAACGGAUCCAGCACAAACACCAGGACCAAAAACAGCACCAGCACCACCACCAUUACCACCACCAGCACCAGCAUCAGCCUAAGCUCCAGGACAGGCAGAAGCUACA